AUAGCUGGGUGACUGGCUGCCUCCCGCCGUCCACAUCCGCAGCCUGCCGCAAGCCUGCCGCAACCAUGUCCCGCAAGUCAGGCUCCCGCUCCUCCUCCAAGAGAUCCAAGAAAUCCGGAGGAGGAAGCAAUGUGUUUGACAUGUUCACGCAGCGGCAGGUGGCCGAGUUCAAGGAGGGAUUCCAACUGAUGGACCGCGACAAGGACGGCAUCAUCGGCAAGACCGACCUCCGCGCCACCUUCGACGAGAUCGGCCGCAUCGCCACCGACCAGGAGCUGGACGAGAUGCUGGCCGACGCCCCCGCGCCCAUAAACUUCACCAUGCUGCUCAACAUGUUCGCCGAGCGCCAGACGGGCGAGUCGGACGACGACGACGUGGUGGCCAAGGCCUUCCUGGCCUUCGCCGACGACGAGGGGCUCAUCGAUUGUGACGUCUUCCGUCACGCCCUCAUGACGUGGGGCGACAAGUACUCGUCCCAGGAGGCUGACGACGCACUCGACGCCAUGGACGUCGACGACGCGGGAAAGAUCGACGUACAGAGUAUCAUCCAGAUGCUGACUGCAGGCGGCGGUGACGACGCACCGGCGGCCGAGGACGCCUAAAAAAAUAUAUAUACAUACAGUAUAUGUAUAUGUAUGUAUGUAUAUAUAUAAAUAUUAAUCUCUCCACCUUCUACCGUCACCCCCAGCAAAUCACCAAAGCCCAAAUCCACCUCACAACACGCUGUUAGUCUAGAAUCCCACUCACUACAGCAGUGGGCGGCUCUCACUACAGCAGUGGGCGGCUCUCACUACAGCAGUGGGCGGCUCUCACUACAGCAGUGGGCGGCUCUCACUACAGCAGUGGGCGGCUCUCACUACAGCAGUGGGCGGCUCUCACUACAGAAGUGGGCGGCUCUCACUACAGAAGUGGGCGGCUCUCACUACAGAAGUGGGCGGCUCUCACUACAGAAGUGGGCGGUGCUCAAGGCAGGACCAUGGUGCUGAGACCGUGAGAGGUGCGCAAAAUUACUACCAAUCAAGUGAUCCGCACUGCCAAUCAAGUGAUCCUCACUACCAAUCAAGUGAUCCUCAAUACCAAUCAAGUGAUCCUCACUACCAAUCAAGUGAUCCUCACUGCCAAUCAAGUGAUCCUCCAGACUCCCAAGUGCAAUAACAAAAGACAGAAAAAUACGACAAAACUCUAGUUCUAGUGGUUAUGUUGCUGUUGAUGAUCGAUUGUUUUCAAAUAAAGUCCAGUUUUGAUCGAG